UCUGCUUGACGGCGCGGCGGUGCAGUGAAGGGUACGUUUGUCUGAAGUAUUUUGCCGUUCGGAGAACGAUAAUAAGCCGUGAAGUUCAGCUGGUUGGACUGGCCUUGAUAAUGUUAGCACAGACCUGACCUGCUCUCUCCGUAUCACAGGAACAAGACGAUACCGGCCAAUGCUAAGAUGUACCAUAUUCCAGCAUUGCCUGCUGACAUGUGUAAUCGGUGUGCUACUGCUAGCACUAAAUGGACAGUUAUCUGUUGAGGGUGCUUGCCCACCAAACUCAUCCGCAACAGAUCGGGUCAAUGUGUGCAAGAAGAAUCCGUCGGAUCUGUGCAGGAACUCCACGCAGUGCGGAUGCAAGCAGGGUUUCUGCUGGUGCUACGUCGGCUACACCACCGACUACACCAGCGACGUUCUGAGUUGCAUCAACGUGGACGAAUGCCAGCAAGGAACGGACUCCUGCCAUGAGCUGACGAACACGCAGUGCCACGAUCAGCCGGGUAACUAUACAUGUGAAUGCCGUGCUGGGUUCUAUCAGCAAGGCAAUGCAUGUCUGGAUGUUGAUGAGUGCUCCACCGACUGCUUACCACCAUCCGGAAACUGCACCAACACGCCCGGUUCACACGUGUGUAUCUGCAAAGAUGGGUACAACCUGACUACAACUACUAGCAGUGGUAGCCAAGGUUGCGAAGACGUCGACGAAUGCAACCUGAUGAUUCACAAGUGCCCCGGCGCGACGACACGGUGUAGGAACACGCCAGGUUCCUAUGUAUGUAUGUGCGGCUCCGGAAUGAUCCUCGCGCAUCCCAGUGCGGAGCUGGCUAGCUGUCAAGACCUGGACGAGUGUGCUCACGGCGCGCACUCGUGUGCCGAGCAGAACUCGACGACAUGCCAGAAUAGCCAUGGCUCGUACGUCUGUGUGUGCACGGCUGGCUAUGGCAUGCUGGGUGGUGACCAUGCCGACGAUGGGUGUGUGGACAUUGACGAAUGCUCUAGUGCCGACGCAGCCGCUGCAGCUCAUAGCUGUGCCCCUGAUCAGCUAUGCAGUAACACUGCCGGCUCGUACACAUGUGUGUGUCCAGCAGGGCAUAUCGUGGACACCGACAGCCGCAGCAGCUCAGCACCGUGUCUGGAUCACGACGAGUGCCGGCGAGGCACGCACGAAUGCAGAGGACCACGUAGCGUCUGCUCCAAUACGCCCGGAUCCUACUCUUGUUCUUGUUCGUCUGGGUUCAUGUGGCUCGCCAAUGCCUCAUCGUGUAUUGACAUUGAUGAAUGCGCUCGCCGUAGCCACACCUGCCGCGCUGCACAGGUCUGUAUCAACACGAUCGGCUCGCACGUCUGCUCGUGCCCGCGAGGGUUCAAAGCGAGCGCGAGUGCGGCGUCCGGGUGCGUGGACAACAACGAAUGUGCCACGUCGCUGUUCCUGUGCCGAGGCAGCGCUGUGUGUGAGAACACAGUAGGGUCAUUUCGUUGUGCAUGCCCCGCGGGUUACAUCUACAACGCUUCAGUUCAUCCGAAUUGCAUCGAUCACGAUGAGUGCUCCGGCAAUGCUUCACCGGCAGCUGUUGCUAUCGGUGGUGUUGGUGCGCCUGCUGCAGCAACAGCAGGAGAAUCAGCAGCAGCGGCAACAACAGCAGCAGGGCAUGACUGUAAUGUGAACACAUCGAGUUGUGUUAACACUGACGGGUCGUAUCGUUGUGAGUGUCAUCCUAACUACGUCAGCCAUCACAUACAUGGCUGUUCCAAAGCUGGAGGUGUGGAAUCGCAAACCAACCAAAAGGUCUUCGUCGCUGUGAUCAUGGUCGGCAUAUCAUUUGCGCUUGCAGUCACAGCAGCAAUUCUCUUCAAGAACCGCAAUCGCAAAGGAACAAAGCGCACAAUAACAAGACAGCUGACUGCAGUCACCUUGGUGGACAAAGAGUGCUUGGGAGACCUCGCCAUGUCAGUUGCUGAACGACCGGGUGCGAAUACACCAAGCGUUAAUGGUAAUGCUCUGGCCAAACCCAGCCAUCAAACAGUUCACACACAGCAGAAAUCACCUCCCGUGUAUAUUAAGAUACAUGAGGUCUCCGCUACAGUAACACACCUAGGGCUAGGUCGAGAGAAAGACAUGCCGCCGGAAGACGAACCCGUGUAUGAUUGUAUCAAGGGGAUUGCCGAACUGGAGAAGCCCUACAGCCGAAUGAAACGACCCGGCUUGGAAAGCCAGCGGUACAGUGGCGAGAAACAAGCGCAGCAUUAUAGGGAACGAGCUGAGCGUGUGAACAGCCCGCUAUACAGUCUGCGUCACCCAAUGCCCUCGGUGCGAGAAGAAGGCGGUGAUCGCAAUGAGCAGCGGAUGGCGGGCAAAGAAGACAGAGGACCUCUGCAUAGCAUCAGUAAGUGUACGAUUGUAACACGACUGUCAGAAAGUUGACCAGAAGCCGGCUUAUUCCAAUGUGUCGAGAGGGGUGGGGAGGGACACUCAGGAUUUCCAGGUCGACCUGCAGACGUUUCAGAUUCCUCGCCGCUGUGCUUCAACACACGUGGCAUUUCAACAAUCUCCACUACUUCCAACCAUUUUCCCAACGUAAAAACGCUAAUAAAAAAAACCUGCACUGUCGUUACAGCUAUUGUGUAACCUCAGAUGACUAGGGAUUCCUGAGCCGACGCUGUUGACCUUAACAUAUCCACAAUGGUCUCUGUCCAAUCCUUUCAUCAUAACUUGGGGAUUUCUUUUUAUUCCAUAAUAUUUUUUUACGAUUUUACAGUGGUUUCUAGCGACCACUAUUGACUUACAUGAGAGUCGUGUCAUCCAGGAAACUGUUGACGAUAGUGUUUUCGGUACUUCCUUUUGCGCUGCCGGAUUAGUCCAUGGUCCCCCUCCGAUGUGUACUUUGUAUGAUCUACCGGAUGAGUCCAUGG